AUGGCGUACUACGGGAGGAUACGUCUCUUCACGAUGCUCUCGCUUCUUGGUAUCGCAAACGCCGCCAUUCAGAAUACGUUGUUCCAAAGGAGGCCGCUAGUGCCUCAGGCGCCGAUCCCGUACCAAGAAACCUAUGGUCCGAACGGUGUGACGGUCAACAUCAGCACGGUGUACUACUUUGACCAGCUCAUCGACCAUAGCAACCCGAGCCUUGGUACUUUCCAACAGCGGUACUGGACUUCAAAUGAGUUCUACCAGACUGGUGUGUGCCCCGAGUCCUUCAACAUGUCUUUGGAUUCUGGUCUAACCAAGCUGUGUCCCGUAGGCGGACCAGUUAUCUUGAUGACUCCCGGAGAAGUCAAUGCUGACGGCUACCAGAGCUAUCUGACAAACGAAACUGUGAACGGCAUGAUCGCACAACAGCAGAACGGCGCCACAGUCGUUGUAGAGCACCGCUUCUUCGGCUUCUCAAACCCAUACGACAAUCUCACCUCGCAAAGUCUGGAGGUCCACACCGUCGAGCAGGCUGUGCAGGACCUGGUCUACUUCGCGCAGAACGUUGAUCUGCCCUGGCAAGGUGGUGACUCGGUUAAGCCGGACAAAACGCCGUGGGUCUUGGUUGGCGGAAGUUACUCGGGUGCAUUGACGAGUUGGACAAUGGUCAGCCAGCCUGGUGUCUUUUAUGCAGGAUAUGCCUCUUCCGGUGUGGUGGAAGCAAUUACCGACUACUACGGUUACUAUACGCCUAUCCGGGAAUAUAUGCCCCAGAACUGCUCAGCUGAUGUUGAAGCGGUAAUCUCAUUUCUCGACGGUCUAUAUGGUUCCAACAACCAGACAGGCAUUCAAGCCCUCAAGGAGGCCUUUGGAGUACUCGGCGCCUUGGCUCACACCGAUGACUUUGCCGCAGCUCUACAAGGCAAUCUCUUCAACUGGGUGGAUCUUCAGCCUUAUUCGGGUGGCGGUCAACUGUUCUUCGAGUUUUGCGAUGCCUUGGAAGUCAAGGAUGGUAUCAGCGCUGGCACAUCUGGAUGGGGUCUCGACCAUGCGAUUGAGGCUUGGGGCAAUUACUGGAACACCACUUAUUACUCAUACGUCUGCGGGACUGCCGAUGCUGAAUGCAACGAGGUUGGAUAUUACUACCAAAACGGCCCUCCCGAAGGCCAACCCGCUAUCGUCAGUAGAAUCCUCCAACCCGUUUACCAAGAGCGUUUAUGCGUCAACUACUUUCCAGAUAAAUUCUCGACGCCCCUUACACCUGCUGCCAACGCGAUCAAUGCCAAGUAUGGCGGGUGGAACGUCAAUGUCGAUAGACUCUUCUUCGCCAAUGCCCUGCGUGACCCAUGGCGCGAAGCAACUGUCUCCGCUGACGGGCUUAACAAGGAAAACACGACGACACAGCCGAUCUACGAAAGCGAUGGGUUCCAUUGCUCAGAUCUUCUCAUAUACAACGGUGUCAUCGAUGCCACUAUCCUCACUGUCCAGGAGGCAGGUUUGGCGUACAUGAAAGAGUGGUUGGAAGCGUACGGAUCUUAG